AUGAUGAGUGGGAAUGUUAUGAUUCAUAAAUAUAGAUUUUUAAUUAGAAAUUUACCAAGUUAUCCAUCAAAGAGUAGAUUUAGAUUACUAACUACUACAAGAGAAGAGGUUGAUUCAGGAAUUAAAGAAUUAAUGAGAUAUAAACAAUUAGAUGCAAAUAGUAAAAAUUGGACUGUCAACCUUUAA